UUCCAGUCCUACCUCGGACGGCCAUGGAAGGAAUUCUCGAGAACCAUUGUCAUGCAGUCUUUCAUUGAUAGCACCAUUGAUCCUACAGGUUGGGCACCAUGGGUUGGUACUUUUGGACUUGACACAUGCUUUUAUGCUGAGUUUAACAACAGAGGACCUGGUGCUGGCCUUGCGUCGAGAGUGACAUGGAAGGGUAUCAAGAAGAUAACUCCACAAGAAGCUAUGGGUUUCACUCCAGGACAGUACAUUGAAGGAGAUUCUUGGAUUAAGCCCACUGGCAUUCCUUAUGAUUCUGGCAUGAUGAAAGUGUAA